ACAAAAGAAUAAUAUUGACAACAACCUAAAAAGAUUAAGACCCAUUUCUAAUUUUCAGCUCCUUUUCGUUUCUCUCCAAAUUACACUCCCAUCCUUGCUCAUACUUCCAUUUCAGGUGUUGUUAGGGGGUUAUCUACUUUAGGGAUUGAGGAAUCCUAAAUGGCAACAUGUAUAUCGCCAUUAUUAGUACCGUUAGAAGCUCGGAAUCCGAUAGGGGGGCUAACUGUUUUCGGUGGGAGAGUGAAUUCCUUGAGGAUGAUUGAUGAUAAACAUGUGUUUUCGAACAGUACUAGCAAGGUUUCUUAUAGCCCUCAUGUUAAAUGUAUGGCGAAUUCGCAUAAUGUGAAUCAGUUUAACAAUAAAGAUCAGUUUUUGAAUUUGCAUCCUGAGGUUUCGAUGCUUAGAGGUGAGGGAGGUAGUAACAACAAUAAAAACAGUACAGUGAUUAAUCCGAAUGUUACUGAGAUUUUGAGAGAGUCAACUGGUUCGGGUGGUUAUAAUGAGGCUAAGAUUAAAGUUAUCGGUGUUGGUGGUGGCGGGUCGAAUGCCGUUAAUCGUAUGAUUGAGAGUGCGAUGAAGGGUGUUGAGUUUUGGAUUGUGAAUACUGAUAUUCAAGCUAUGAGAAUGUCACCGGUUUUCCCAGAACAACGGUUGCAAAUUGGUGAAGAGUUGACUCGUGGACUUGGUGCUGGUGGUAACCCAGAGGUUGGUAUGAAUGCUGCUAAAGAAAGCAGGGAGUCUAUUGAAGAAGCUGUUUAUGGUUCGGAUAUGGUUUUCGUGACUGCUGGGAUGGGCGGAGGAACUGGUACGGGCGGGGCCCCUGUAAUCGCGGGGGUUGCAAAGUCAAUGGGAAUAUUGACUGUUGGUAUUGUUACAACUCCAUUCUCGUUUGAAGGUCGAAGAAGAGCAGUGCAAGCACAAGAAGGAAUUGCAUCUUUGAGGGAAAAUGUGGACACUCUGAUAGUCAUUCCAAAUGACAAGUUAUUGACUGCAGUUUCUCCAUCUACCCCUGUAACCGAAGCUUUCAAUCUGGCCGAUGAUAUUCUUAGACAAGGUGUUCGUGGUAUCUCAGAUAUAAUUACGAUACCAGGAUUGGUUAAUGUUGAUUUUGCUGAUGUACGUGCUAUUAUGGCAAAUGCAGGCUCGUCAUUAAUGGGGAUAGGAACUGCAACAGGCAAAACGCGGGCAAGAGAUGCUGCAUUGAAUGCGAUUCAGUCACCUUUACUAGAUCUUGGGAUCGAGAGGGCUACAGGAAUUGUGUGGAAUAUUACCGGUGGUAGUGAUUUGACAUUGUUUGAGGUGAAUGCUGCAGCGGAGGUCAUAUAUGAUCUUGUGGAUCCAAGUGCUAACUUGAUAUUUGGUGCGGUCAUUGAUCCAUCAAUAAGUGGUCAAGUUAGCAUAACUCUUAUUGCAACAGGCUUCAAACGGCAAGAAGAAAGUGACAGUCGGACUCUCCAGAGCGGGCAGACAGAUGUAGCUGGAAUGAACCGGCGAUCACCAGCCUUCGCAGAAGGCGGCUCUGUAGAAAUCCCUGAGUUUUUAAGGAAGAAAGGACGCUCACGCUAUCCAAGAGCUUAAGUGAUUAUGAUAUAUUCUCUUGCAUUGAUGGCCAGAGAAAGAAGUGGCAGAGAAGAGAGUAGCAAGAUUUUUUCGUAAAAUUAUGGGGACAAGAAUCUACACAAAUAGGUGGUUGAAGUGACCAUCAAAUAAUAUCCUCCACUUGUCAAAUCCAUCUCAAUAAUUUGAUGCUAUUUGAAUCGAAUAAAUUAAUAUGUAACAUUUCAAACUUUCAGUUGAUCUUAGUAUUAAAAUAGAACCCAAAGUUAUAGAAAUAACAUGUGAAACACCAAUAACGAAUAAGCGACAUCAAAUUGCGUCAAAGACAGGAUGAAGAAUGAGAAAUGUAAAGAUCUCUCUACCUCUACUUGGUGGUAAUGACUAAUAAGGUUGUUUGAAUGAAAGUUUUUAUAUUGAUGGCGUUGAUUAA